AAUGUCGGAGAAUCUGGAACAACUUGACGCUGUCAGCGCUCACAGUGGUGAAAUUAUUAAACGAAUUGCGUACCACACAUUGACGCAAUUAAUUUUGACGUAUAUUCCGUUUAUGUUGCAAGUUUUCUGGAAAAAGUAUUGUUUAUGCGUUAUCGUUAUUGUAUAUAAAAUUAAUUAUGGAAACUCCUGGAUCUCGGGCGCUCGAAGCUGCUAAAAAUCUGAAUGACUUGGCGAUUUUUAAAAAACCAAUUGGUGUUGCAAAGAAAAGUAAACACGUUCAUUCGAAAAUUUUAGAUGAAGAUACGUAUAUUGAAAAGAUGGGAGAAAUUAUACAGAGAGAUUUUUUUCCACAUCUGGAAAAGCUUCAGGCUCAGAAUCAGUAUUUGGAUGCGUUAGAACAAAAUGACGUGAAAAGAAUGAGGGAGCUUUAUGAGAAAUAUAGUUCUGGCCGACCUGCUACAGAGAGACCUGCCAGUCCAGCUACUUUUGAAACUCCAAUACGUAAGGAUGAAUCAGAAGAUGAACAUUUUAGAUCUAUAAAAGUAACCAGAGAUGUACCUUGUAAAACAGAGUCAAAAGAAAAGGAUAUAGAGAAUAGAGUAGGUUUAGAUACAUUUUUAAGUAUUAAUACUAGCGAGGAUAAUGCAAGUUUUGAAGAAAUGAUGGUUGAAGCGGAGAAAAGACGUAAAUUAAAAUAUGCAUGGCUUUACGAAGCUGAAGAAAAAUCAAAUUUACUUACUAUAGAAAAAUCUAACAAUAGUCCUUUAGCCAUUGAAAAUGAAAACAAGAGACAACCGGUAUUGGACACUUGGAAUUAUAAAAAUAAAAAUUAUAUUAUGUAUAUUCCUGAUGGCGUAGAAUUAACACCAGAUGAAAAGGUAGAUUUAGCAAGAAGGAAACAGAUGGUAAUGCAUGAAAAUACACGACUGAGAGUGAAUCCAUUCAAUGAACAACAGAAUAAAGAAACUAUUAAUGAAUUGGCAAAACAUCAAUCAAAAGUUAACGACGGUAAAAUUGGGGUAGAUGGAAAGGAAGUCGUAAAAAAUGCAGCGCCAACGGUGAAUGGAUAUAGCUUUGUAGCUACUCCUAGUCCUAGACCAGGAGAAUGUGAAAGUCCGUUGAUGACAUGGGGUGAGAUCGAAGGAACUCCUUUUAGGUUGGAUGGCGGUGAUACUCCAUUGUUGAGAACUAGUCAAGGCCCUUCAUUUAGGAUGGCAGAACCACCAAAAAGAGAACAAAUCGCUUUACAAUUAGCCGAGAAAGCCGGUGAACGGCAUAGAGAUAGGAAGAAUAAAGCACUCGAAGCAGCAAGAAAAUCGUUGGCGACACCUUCCCCAAGAUCGACCAUCGACAGGUUAAGUACCAUGUCACCCGCAGCAAGAAGACUGGCAACGCAAAAGCUUCGUAUAGCGCAUACUCCUUCGCCUCGAAGAGUUUCUUUAUCGAGAACACCGUCUAUAGGUAUCAGGACACCGACGACACCUAGAGCAAAUACACCAUUGAAACGUGACACAGAUUCAACGUCGGAAAGAAAUAAUGGUACUAGCCGAAGAUCGGACGGUCCUGUUCUAACAGACAAUUUACUCAAUUUACCACCUCAAAGACAAAGGGCUUCUGAUUUCUUUAAGAAAAGAAGAGAAUUAAUCAAGUACAGAGUACAAAGUAACUACGUAAUAAUGUGGUCGACUUGGGUAAAGGGUAUAACGUUAUUGCUCUUGAUCUCUUCUGUCUUGGCUCAAGAUGGAUGCGCUUGCGGCAAUCUUGGAUCAGGUAACAAUCCAUGCAGCUGUAACGACGUCAUUGUUAAAGCUACCGAAGUGACGAAACCUAUACAAUAUGUAUCUCCAGAAGCAAUAAACGAAGCUGUAAUAAUCCGUGAAGGUGGAAAACCGGGAUGUUCUGAAACGCAAACUAAUACAUUGAUUACAUCGGACUUUAGUACUGCGACUACACAAUCGGAUACUACAACUACUGUAAUUGAUAAUACGUUAACUCCAAGCAAUGGUAUUUCUAGUUCGUCUAUCAACCUAGACGUUCCCAAUAAAUAUUCUUCCUCCGACUUGAUCAGUGUCACCAGUCAGAAAGAAGUUCCUCCUUCGGAUAAUAAUGUCCAAAUAGUACCUAGUUUCUCGCCUAUCAAUAAUCUUUGCAAUCCGAGCAAACUAACGGCAUUACACACAACAUUAGGAACACGCGUUAAAGUAACUCCUGCGUAUCCUGUUAAAAUGAGAUGUUGUAAAGGUAGUCCUUAUCAAGAAUGUAUCAAGUACAUAUCGGGUAUUCGUGGUAAUCCUUCUAGCGUGACAACUCAUAUCGGAACUCCUACCGGAUUGCCUCAAUUCGGAAGUGGAAGUUACAGUUCUAAUAUCAUUUACGAUAUUCCUACACCUUUUGGAACUCCUAACGGACUGUCUCAAUCAGAAUCCGGAAUUGGAAGUUACGAUACCUCUAGUAUCAUCAACGAAACUCCUUCUCUUUUUGGAACUCCUAACAGAUUGUCUCCACUGGGAUUCGGAAGUGGAAAUUACGGUAGCUCUAGCAACGUUUACGAUAUUUCUAAUCCGUUCGGAACUCCUAAUGGAUUGUCUCAACCAGGAUUCGGAAGUGGAAGUUACGAUACUCCUACUUCUUUCGGAAAUACCAACGGAUUUCCUCAAUCUGAAUUUGGAAACGGAGGUUACACUGGCUCUAAUAACAUCUACGGUACUCCUUUUGGAACUGCUCCAAACGGAUUUCCAUCGCAACGUCGACCACAAGACCAAUUACCAGCAGAUCCCAUAUCGUUGACUCUUGCUUAUAAAAAUCUGGUUGCACCACAGAUAUAUUAUAACAAAGGAAAGAAAUUAGUAUCGGAGGGAAGUAUAUCGUUCGGACAUAGAACAUUGCCGAUCGAAUUGAAGAAAGAAAAGAAAUUGAUCGACGUACCCGAAGAAAAACUUGUUAUCGUCGAUAGGCCUAUCGUCGAAUUGAAACACUCUCCUGCAAGUUCUACGAUAAUCGGAGAGAACGACGACGACGACGAUGAUAAUCUUGCCGAGCUUGAAGCUAUGGAGCGAGAAAAUUUGGAACAGAGAGAACAAGUCAAUCGCGUGAGAACGAAUUUUUUAAGUUACGGAGACGUAGGUUACCGACCAAUCGAUAUAAACGUUGUCGAGCCAGGCCUCACCGUAAAAAUACCUUCGUCAAAUCCUCAAGGAGUAGAUCAAAGGAUUGUACCAAAUGGAGAAGAAAAUGGCGUAGGUGGAAAAUUAAUUGGAACAAAUGUAGGAUAUAAAUCGAAAGGAUCUUGCGGACCAACUGGACCACCUUUACCAGGCUAUAUACCAGGAGCUGUGAUAAUUAAAAACGAAGUCGAAACGGAGAUACCAAGAGAUAUUGAACAGAUUGACACGAAUUCUUACAACUACAACGUCGAUAACAUUGAAACUAACGAGGACAUCCAACUUGGUCCAGAAUCAGGAAUCAUAGCCAGAUUACGCAAUGCAGCACGAAAACAUUCGGUAUCGUCCUUGUGUUUUCACUGAUGAUCUACUCUAGCUCGCUCGAAUACAUGGAGAAAUUCUAAUCGUCUAUUAAAUAUCAAACGUAUCGUUUGAAAUCUUUAUCGUGCCAUCUUGUUUCGCGUAUAAAAUAUUUACUUGAAACAUGUGAUACAUUUAGCAAAUAUACAUACAUAUAUCUAAUAAAAUAAAA